UCGUAGCUAAUUAAAGUCACCCCUUUCGUAGCCAAAUAGAGCCCACACCGAAGCGAAUUCCCCUUCAAAACCAAAUUCCCAAAUCCAACGCUGAAAUCCCUAGCUAAUUCCCUACAACCAAAACCCCCUUCAUUCUAUUCGAGCUACACCCACCCAGGUAAUUAGUGGGCACCAGGUUCAUCUGCUUUGAAGGUAGUGACAGCAUUGAAAGUGCUUCUUCCUCUGGAAGUGUUGCAUAUAUGAUUUUUAAUGUGCUGCACAUAAAUCUUUACAGUUUAUGAAGACAAGCUGAAUUGAGAAGAUAUUCACCAUGCAAGUUCGACGUAGAGGUACUAGACAUAAUGGUCAAUGGAGAGGGCAGAGUGAUCCACCACAACCUUCUCAACUACAGACUAAUUUGCCACCACCACAGCCUACUCCACUCUCCCCUGAUCCACCACAGCCUUCUAAACUAGGCGCUAGACACGGUCGAGGGAGAGGACGCCCACGGUCUUCUCAUCUACGUGCUAGUUCACCACAGCCUACUCUACUCUCCGCUUAUCCGCCACAGCCUGCUCUACUCUCUGCUGAUCCACCACAGCCUACUCUACUCUCCUCUGAUCCACCACCACAGCCUACUCCACUCUCCCCUGAUCCACCACAGCCUUCUAAACUAGGCGCUAGACACGGUCGAGGGAGAGGACGCCCACGGUCUUCUCAUCUACGUGCUAGUUCACCACAGCCUACUCUACUCUCCGCUGAUCCACCACAGCCUACUCCACUCUCCCCUGAUCCACCACAGCCUUCUAAACUAGGCGCUAGACACGGUCGAGGAAGAGGACGCCCACGGUCUUCUCUUCUACGUGCUAGUUCACCACAGCCUACUCGACUUUCCGCUGAUCCACCACAGCCUACUCUACUCUACUCUGAUCCACCACAGCCUACUCUACUCUCCCCUGAUCCACCACAGCCUACUCUACUCUCCCUUGAUCCACCACAGGUUUCUAAACAACACACUGGACACGGCCGAGGGAAAGGACUCCCACAGUCUUCUCAUCUACACAGUAGUUCACCCCCACCACAGCUUUCUCCACUCCCCCUUGAUCCACCACAGCCUACUUCACCCUUUGCUGAUCCACCACAGCCUUCUAAACAACACACUAGAACUGGUCGAGGGAAAGGACGCAUGAAGUCUUCUCAUCUACGCACUAGUUUUCCACCACUACAGCCUACUACACUCUCCCCUGAUCGAUCACAGCAUACUCCGCUUUUCCCUGAUCCACCACAGCCUUCUAAACAACACACUAGACACAGUCGAGGGGAAGGGCACCCACAGUCUUCUCAUCUACACACUAGUUCACCACCACCACAGCCUACUUCGCUUUUCCCUCAUCUGCCACAGCCUUCUAAACCAUGCACUAGACAGCGCCGAGGGGAAGGACGCCCGCAGUCUUCUCAACUAUGCUCUAGUUCGCCACCAUCAGAGCCUACGCCAAACAUCCCAGUUAUGUUUGGCACUACAGUUGCUAGUCCAUUGAUCAGUGGUGGCCUAUCAAAUUCUUCAUCAUGCUCUUCUGACUCACCAUCUAACCUAUCAAAUUCUGCAGCACACUCUUCUGACUCACCAUCUAACCACCCGAUUUUAAUGCCUUCAUAUGGAGGAUCUCAAGGAGAAUUUGAUAGGAGAAAAGUUAUAUCUGUGGAGGCUGUCUCUAAUCCGAGGAGGUUUAUCCCACAAAGUGUGACUCGUGACAUUAUAACUACAGUGAUCAUGGAAUUGCCUAUUCCAGCUGAGAAGUGGCAUAAUUACCCAAUUGACACAAAGAACAAACUUUUUAAGGAUUUUAUGGAUAAAUACAAAUUUACAUCAGAUUAUGAUCGCAAUAUUGCAAGAACGGUUUGGGAAAGAACAUGCAAGGACCGCUACCCAGAUUAUUUAAAAAAUAUGAGGAAAAUGGCCUUAAAACAGGCAAAUUCAACAAAUUUGGCUGACACUAAGGGCCUUAGGCCCAAAGGGAUAAAGGCAGAAAUAUGGAAUGGUUUGGUAGAUAUUUGGCUGUCACCAGGGUGGAGAAAUAAGUCUGAUGCAUGUCGAAGAAAUAGGUGGGCCAAUCCUGAUGCAGUGUUGCACACCGGAGGCUCGAUAAGCUUUGGCGAACAUAAGAAGAGGAUGGAGGCGGAGUUGAAGCAACCGGUUUCUGCCAGAGAUGUCUACGAUCAUGUUCAUAAAACGAAAGGCGGGGAAUAUGUCUCUCAGUACUCGAAGAAAUUUAUUGAAUCAUAUGACAAUGCAAUGUCAAGGAAAUAUGGAAGAGACCCUUCAAGGCAUCCCGUGGUUGAUCCGGAAGUGUGGGCGGUGUCAGGUCCCAACAAGAAAAGACGGAUUGUUGUAGGUAACAGCUUAGAUAUUAACAUUGAUGAACCGACGCCUGGUUCAUCUUCCCAGGUCCCUGGUUCUUCCCGCACAGUAGCUCCAACUCCGGCACAAGGAGGCAUAAAAGAAGCUGUAGAUUCAGCGAUGAGUACUUUUGUCCAAUCACAAUUAGUGCCUAUGUUGGAGCCCAUCUUAUCUAGGAUUGUUGCCUCCCAAGUGAAAAAUUUUGUAACGCCGCAAGGUGGUGGAGUAUCAAGAGACGAUCUUGAUGAUGAUUAGCUAUACUUUUAGUUCUUGUUCUGUACAACUAGAGUUACAGUAACUGUGGAUGGUCCUAUGUUGUUAUAUUUAACAUGAUCAAACACUGUACAUAGUAGCAAAUUUAGUGUUUACCUUCA